AUGGAGCUUUCUCAACUUGGUUUUCUAGAGGAGCUAGUAGCUCCAAGAAGAGACACAUGGAAUGCUUUGUCCACAGGGUUGAGUGACCUAUUCCCUAGUGGUUGUUGGAGCUUUGACUCUUUUAUUGAGAACCCAUCUUUGGCCACUUCAACCAUCCCAUUUGCUGCAUUUUCAGCACCAAUAGACCCCAGAUUUGAUUGCCCUUACAGUAAUGAAGCAGCAGCUGCAUACCCAUUUGGUCAUGAUGAUGGGUUCACAAUAAUGCCAGAACUUCACACAUCAUACACCAGGAAUGUUGAUAAUGACCCACCACCCCCACUUCCACUACACCAAGAUAACCCAUUAGUGAAGGAUGAAGAGAUUGGCUUUGUAAGGAGUGAUGACAAGAGCUUGGAUGAACGGAAGAGUGUCUGCAAAGUUGAGGAGCAACAACAAGGCACAGAUGUUCAAGUCUUCAACAUUGGCAUAUGUGAUGAUGGAGAGAGAAAACCCAAAUCCAAGAAGGUAGAAGGGCAACCUUCAAAGAAUCUUAUGGCUGAAAGAAGGAGAAGAAAGCGUCUUAAUGACCGUCUUUCCAUGCUAAGGUCAAUAGUCCCAAAGAUCAGCAAGAUGGACAGGACCUCUAUUCUUGGAGACACCAUAGACUACAUGAAAGAGCUUCUGGAAAGGGUUGGCAAGUUGCAAGAGGAAGAAGGGGCAGAGGGCUCAAGUCAGAUUAGUCUCUUUGACAUUUCAAAAGAACAACUUAAGCCGAAUGAAGCAAUAGUUAGAAAUUCCCCCAAGUUUGAUGUUGAGAGGAGAGACAAGGACACGAGGAUUAGCAUCUGCUGUGCAACAAAACCUGGAUUGUUACUAUCAACAGUGAAUACCUUAGAAGCAUUAGGCCUUGAGAUUCAGCAAUGUGUUAUAAGUAGCUUCAAUGACUUUGCAAUGGAAGCAUCUUGUUCUGAGGUAGCAGCACAGAGAAACUGUAUUUGCCCUGAAGAGAUAAAACAAGCACUAUUCAGAAAUGCAGGCUUUGGUGGAAGAUGUGUCUAG